AAAAGAGCAAAUUGCAUUCUCCCAUUUUACCUUGCUUUUUCCUAUAUUUUCGCAAAUAUUUCAACAAUAGGAGAGUGUUUGAUCAAUAAAUUGUGAAUUUAGUGUUCAGGGAAACUACCAAAACUGCCAUUUUGUACUGGUGAAGUGGGUGAAAAGGCGAAAUUCUCGUAUUGACUGUGACGUCACAUCUGAAGAAAUUUGUAACAUAUUUCAGUCUCGUCCGGAUUAAGGCGGAGAAGUGAGAAGAGACGAGUGAAAAAUUGUUGUUUUGCACUGCGAGCAAUUUUUUCGCUGAAAGGUGGACGCAAAGCGAGAGAAAGACACUCUGUGAUUGAUACGGUGGAUUGGAGAGGGCCGCAGAGUGAAGACUCCAGUUGGAUGGACAGUUAUGAGAGCAUCUGCGAGUGGUAGUGUGGUAUCUCUGGACUAGGGUUAUUCUCGGAAGGACUUCGGAGGGAGAUUCGCCUGGGAUCAGAGUGCCUGUGAGGGAGUCACGAUGCUGCUCAAGUGUCUGACAACAACAGCCAGCUCGGGAGGCAGAGUAGGAAGUGGCCCGAAUGCCACGACGUCAAUUGCGAGCAGCUCCAGCGAAGGCGGCUCCGUGACGUCCGUCCUGGUGAAAAGUGAAAACCUUCGGUCAAACGGCGUUAAAAUGACUGUUGGUAAUGGUGGUAUGACACAGAGAGCACACAGAAAAGUUUUGAGAAUACCAUCGAAGAGGCAUCCUGGAAAAGCACUACCUGGAAAGUUGCACUCCAUGACAAGAAUAGGACCUGGCAAGAUCAUAAAGAGUCAUCCAGGCAAGAGAAUCAUGCAGAGGCCAACGCCCCCGCCGUGCGAUAAUUCAAAUGAUAGCGGACUGGGCUUCGAUCAUCACCUCGAAAUGCAAUAUUCUCUCGGUGCGAGAAAUGCCCAAAACUCAAGAUCGAGUGUGACUGAGGAAGGAAAUGAUGAUGGCGAGAAAAGAGACAUUGCUGGUAAAGCAACGACAAAGCGACGCAAAGUAAACAAAAAGAAGGUUCAAGUGGACGAUGAUUCGUGCAGUAACGAUGCAUUUACUUUUUCGAAACGGGCGCCCAAAGCAGGAAAAUCAGCGACAUCUUCUGCAAUAUGUGUUCAAAAUUCAUCAAAUCCUUUCCCUCCCAACAAUAAAAUAAUGGCAGCUCCUCGUCACAGCUUGUCGCGACCACUCGUGCGACGUGCGAUGGGUCCCGUGAAUCUACAAUCCCAAAUUGGUGGUGUGUCCAAAAGCGGACAGUAUCAGCUACAAAUAGUGGCGCAGCCAGAACAGCAGCAUCGUGCGCGUUAUCAGACUGAGGGCAGUCGUGGAGCUGUGAAGGAUCGCAGUGGAAAUGGCUUUCCCAUUGUUAAGUUGGUGGGAUACAAUAAGCCGACUGUUCUACAGGUGUUUAUUGGAACAGAUGUGGAUCGCGUGGCGCCACAUAUGUUCUACCAGGCGUGCAAAGUGUCUGGAAAGAAUAGCACGCCGUGUGUGGAGAAGAAGGUGGACGGCACUAUGGUCAUUGAGCUGGAGCUAAAGCCUGAACAGGAUAUGACAGUGACGUGUGACUGUGUUGGGAUUCUAAAGGAGCGAAAUGUGGAUGUGGAACAUCGCUUCCCAGAUCAAUCCACACCGAGGAGCAAGAAGAAGUCCACGCGCUGUCGAAUGGUUUUCAGAACAAUAAUAACAAAUGACGAUGGAUCAACUGAGUCCCUACAAGUUUGCUCUCAGCAGAUUAUUUGCACACAACCGCCUGGAGUUCCGGAGAUAUGUAGGAAAUCGCUGACAUCGUGCCCAGCAUCUGGAGGACUGGAGUUGUUCGUUAUUGGUAAAAAUUUCUCAAAAGAUACUCGUGUCGUGUUUCAGACACAGAAACUCUCAUCUGGCGAAGUAAUAUGGCAAGAGAUGGUUAUUCCGGACAAGGAGUAUUUGCAGCAGACUCAUCUGAUAUGCACUGUGCCACCGUAUAUGACAACAGAACUGCCAGAACCGGUGAAUGUUCACUUGUUUAUUGCAGCAAGUGGCAAAAAGAGUGAAUCCCACAAUUUCGUAUACACGCCGAAUAAUGCAAGUGCCGGAGCUCUGGCAGCCGCCACGACACGCUCUUUAUCCCAGCAGCAAGAUGUGCGAUAUGACGAGCAGAACAGUAAGAAUGCCGUAUGUCCCGUGAUGCUCUGGAGUGCGACGGGAAUUGAGCCGAAGAAUGAGAUUGACUCGGGCAUGAUGCCACCGCCAACCACCCUUCCGUUGAGUGUGAGACGGCCCUCGUCGACGGGUGCAAUUCUGCCGGACACACUGUCACCGUCCAGCGUUGUAGCUGGUCUCAAGACAGAGAUUGUGGAUGAGAACUCGCAGAACUCGAUGGGCGCCACUGAUUGCAACAGCAAUGACUACGAUGGUAGAUCACCAGAUGCGGGCGUUCUAUAUGGCACGAAGAUGCAUGCCACGAACAUUGAAUUGAUGGACGAAAGCUCAAAUUUAUCCAUGAUUGUGAAUGAGAAUUCAAUGGAUAUGUCGAGCGUCUAUCCAACGACUGGACAUGCCGGAAGUCUGCUCAUGCCUGCCGUUCACGCUGCCAAUGAGUUGUCAGCUAAGGUUGCAGCGGUGCAACUGCAUCAAUUCGUGAAUGCUGGCUCAACAGAGGCACAGACGCAAAUUUCACCUGCACAAACGGUGCAGAGUGUGCAGAAGUUCUUGGAGAACAAUGUCUCAGGCGGACUUUUCACAACAGCACCAGUGGGAAAUGUGUCCACAUCGAGCACAACUGGUGCGGGAAUAUUUUCACAGAUAAGUGGGAUCAAUGCAAACCGAAACACUGCCAUGGAGACUAAUUUCAUGUCUGCUGGUCCGCUGGCGAUUCAGUGCGAUGGCGCUUCUGCUACCGAUCAAAUACUCUGCAAUAAUUCAUCUCCAUCGUCGACAAGUCGAUCGCCACUAUCUCAGGACGUGAUUCUCAAUUCUCAGUCGGUGGUGACGCUGUCAGAGGUGAAUGGAAUGAAUGUGCUAUCAUCGCCGAACCUCCCAUCAGCGACGACGCAGAGUGAUCACACGAUGUCACCCGAUAUUAUUAUGAAUCCCACUGUGUCUCCGUCAAUGCUUUGCACAGGAAGUACUGGAGCGCAUUCGCCCAUGCUUGAGAGUCAAGUUCCACUCUUGACCAUCCCGCAAACAGCCCCAGAGGCGAUGAUUAACUCGAUGAUAUCGCCAAUUCUUGCUAGUCCACAGGCUGAUCAUAAGUCACCACAGACACCCACAACGACCACAUCGAACACUGUUCACAAUAUGAUUCUCAAUGAGAUUCUGACGUCGCAACAGAACACCAUCACCACCGAAUCCAUGGAGGCUCUCAUGUCAUUCAAUUCCGCCACGUCGAUGCUUCAAGACCCAACGCCAGUGACGACUCACGCGGGUCGGGGACCUGAAGCUGAUGGUCAGCAGCAACCGCAGCAGAUAUCGCCGAAUGCGACCAUCUUCUCAGAAGCGACCGCGGCCGCGGCUCAUGUUGUUGCCACGGCGGCAAUCAUGGCUGGGGCGUCAGAUAUGUCAGCGACGACCACGACAGCGGGAUCAAAUAUGCUGAGUGCGAGUGUGACGGACAAUCUCGGCCCCCCAAAUCACAUAAUAAACAAUCACGAGAUUCGCGUGAGUGUGAAUGGAGAUCUCCAUGUGCAGAGGGUGCAGAGUGAUAUCGGAAGAUUGUUUUUUGGCAAUAGCAGAAGGACUGAGACGAUGAUGCAAGCAGCGGGUUUGGUGCAGAAUGAACUGCCAAAUCAAGCAGCAAAGGUGGACAUGGCGAUUGUGUCCAAUAACAUCGCAGAUGGAACGCCCCAUGACCAACAACCGACCACCGGAACUACAACAAUACCUCAAGAAAUCGCAACCAUGUCUGAUCAUGAUCUUAUAAGCUACAUCAAUCCGAGCUGCUUCGAUCAAGAAUUUCAGUGAGUCUUUUAAAAUUUAACUACGUUACAAUUUAACACUCUUUUUCUUACUAUCAUUUAGCGUUAGUUAUAUGAUAAAAAUGGUGUGUGGAUUUGCUUGUAAAUCAAAUUGACCAUGUUUGCUUUUCUUUCUCUUUUUCGACGAUUUCCCCCAAUUAUUAUCCAAAAAGUUGAGAGUUGAACAGAGUGGAUUAGAAAGAGAGACAUGGGGCAUUGAGACUCGGAAUUUUGAACUGGUUUCUCUGGACAACUUGAGCCUGUAUAUUUAUGAAAUAUUGAAUGUCUAUAUACAUGUACAUACACUUAUGAAAUGUAAUGGAAAAGCGUAAUAUAUAGUUUUUUGUAUUGGUUUUUUGAAAUAUACAUGUAUCUUUUAGUUUGUCAAAUAGAGAAAUUCUGAGAUAAAAACUAUGAAAUAGAAGCUAGUGUUGUAAGUGAAAGAAAAAGAAUACUUUAAGUAUUAUUUAAUCAUAAAGAUCACAUAUUUGAUUAGAUGAGAUAUCUCUAUGUUUGCUCUGAAAUUGGACAAGAAUUAACCAUUGCAAAAAUACGUGAAUAAUUCAGAAUGAUUGUAUAGUUUAAUGACAGGAUUGAUAGCAUACCUUUAAGGGUGUUUUUUUUUUUAUUGUAUAAAAUAUCUUUUGAAAUAUUGUGAAAUAUUUACAUUAUCGUCUAUUAAAGUAUCACGUUCUUUUCCAAGAAUACACAAUUUCACACUAAUUGUUUGUUUACUGUAAUAAUGUAAAUUUUUCAUUAAGAUUGUAUGAGUCAGUCAGAAAGUUGAACGGCAAAUAUAUCAUAUUUAGUGUCAGUGUAAAAGGGAAUAAACACUUCUCAUCAAAAGAAAUAAACUAAUAAGUACCAGAUUAACACAUAUUAGGGAUAAAACUAACUACAUAUAAUGACUAACAUAGAAAUAACAAUGACUGCCAUUGAAUAUUGACUGAAUGUUGAUAUUCAGUAUUACAUACCUUGAAAGGAAGUUUUCUCAUUAUUACAUUACACACAAAAUGAACUAAUUAAAGAUGGUAUUUGUUAAGAAAAUUGAUAUUCAACGAUAACACAAAUUGAAAAAUUAGAUUAUUUCGUGUUUGAGAAAAGUUGAAGUCGAUAUUUAAUGAAAGUUUGAUGAAUAGAGGAAUAUUAGUCGUGUUUCAGUGUUUAAUUUUCUUUCAAUAACUUUCGUUUGUGUGCCCAAAAAAUAUUCUAAGAUUGUAAUUAUCAUUAAAUUUUGGAGAAAAUUGAAACCUAUCUUUUAAGGAUCACGUGGUCAUCCCAUCAAUGCAUCGACGGAAAUGUCAAUAACAGUUGUUAAGCAUUUUAUUUGAUAUUGAAUCUUCUCUUAUAAUUCUGUGGAUGAAAAUAGUUUUAUGAUUUUCUGAAGGAAUUGGAGCUAAAAUUGAUUGGUUAUAUCUCUCAAAAUUAGUCAGAUGUAGCAAGCAAACAAUUUAGUCAUGUGUAAAAAUUUAAAAAAAAAAAGAAACAGUAACAAGACUGGGUUCACAAUUGCACGCAACAUUGAAUAUUGUAGUCGUGAUUAGUGAAUAAACUGUUUUAUCUGAUAGAAUGUCAGCUUAGUGAGUAUGACGUAUAAAUUCUGAGAAGAAAUGUUAAUACAAGUCUUGCUCUUAGUUUGUUUCAUUAGUUUCAGUAAGAGUUACAUUGAGUAAGAGAAAAUAUAAUGUAUCAAGGAACAAAAAUGCCACAAAUA